GAUUCCUUCGAGGCCCUAGCAGCGUCAGUGUCACUCACCUCAGCCUCACCAAAAGCAAUCUCUGCCAAGGCUAGGCGGAAGCGGGGAGAGCCGCUGUGCCCUAAAACCCUCACGCUUUCUUAAUUCUAGAGCCUGGUCAGUCCUUCUUCCUCAGACAAGCUUGUUGUUGGGUUACCCGGUUCAAAAAUGCCCUCGAGCUUUCGACUAAACGCCACCGUCAACGAAGCUCGAGCAGCUUCCGGACAUACAAAGGAGCAAUGGGAUCGCUUUUACUUCAUAACCAAAGAAGAAACGAGACAGCUCUCCGAAGCGCACCAAGACUGGACGAGAUGGAUUCUAAUCCCCGCGAACGAGAAAGAACGCAUGCUGGCGCGGAUAAACGGACGGUUGACUGCAGAAGGGAUACCCGCCGUCGAUAUGGACAUUUUGAAGUGGCGGGUUUCGCAGCUCUUAAGAGACAUCCAGCGGAGAUACGCUAAUAAUAUCGAAUGCUUAGCCGAAGGUAGUAUGAUUUCAGGGAUGGGAGGAUCGAGUUCCGGGACCCAAACACAAACGCAAGCCCAGCCUGAAGCCAGCGUGCAAAGCCCUCAACGAACGGACUCAUCGCCAAGCGAAUCCCGACCGUAUGACCCGAUAAGGGAUGUGUAG